GUGACAAAACACUAACAACAUGAUAACGUGAAGAAAUGCUGAAUACCCUGCACCCUAGUCCCUAUAUAUCACAUGAACCAAGUAGAGAUUAGUAGAGAUUAGUAGAGAUUAGUAGAGAUUAGAGAAUACCAAAGAUGCCUAUCAAAGGUCAUCUAAGAGUCGUUCUUACCAGUUUCUAACUGUAAAAACACACACACGUGAAAACUCUUUUCUUCUCUACUACAUACACCACCACCACUCAGCCUCAACAAAAGUAUUACUCCACAAAAUAUCCAUUCUGACAUGGGGGAUUAUGAAGAACAAGAUUUUCACGUUACAGUCAGAGACAAUAAUAUAUCAGAAGCUGUACCGAGUUCAUCAGAUGCAAUGCAGCAACAAGGGUUAAAAAGGUGGAUUCAAAUAGCCAUUUGCAUAAUUUUUAUCCUUGUCGGAGAGUCCAUAGCUGUAUUACUUGGAAGAUUAUAUUACAACAAGGGAGGUAACAGCAAAUGGAUGGGUACACUGGUGCAAUUUGUAGGCUUCCCAGUUCUACUUCCACUAUACUACAUCUUCCCUAAGCAAGAAAAUGCACCAAAAAUGCAUCCUCCAUUGUUAAAGUUAAAGGUUGCAUCAAUCUACAUAGUCCUAGGGCUGUUCGGAGCAGGAGCAAGUAUGAUGUACUCAGUAGGACUUGCAUAUAUGCCAGUAUCUACUUUUUCUCUCAUAUGUGCAUCCCAAUUGGCUUUCAAUGCCUUAUUUUCCUUGUUUAUAAAUUCACAGAAGUUUACACCUUACAUAACAAAUUCUUUGGUUCUGCUUACCAUAUCCUCAGCCUUACUUGUGUUCCAAACUAAAUCUUCCCUUCCAGAAGGUGUUUCAAAGGGUAAAUAUGUCAUUGGUAUCUUGUGUGCUAUUGGUAACUCAGCAGGAUACGGACUGUCUCUUUCAGUAACAGAAUUUACCUUUCAAAGGAUACUGAAGAAUGGAAGCUUCAAAGUGACAUUAGAUAUGAUAAUUUCUCUGUCACUUAUUGCAAGUUGUGCAGCAACAGUUGGACUUUUGGUAAGUGGAGAAUGGAAGACUCUGAAAGCUGAGAUGAACGGGUUUGAGCUCGGUAAAAUGUCAUAUAUAAUGACUUUAAUUUGGACAGCAAUGUGUUGGCAGGUGUAUACCAUUGGAUCAUUAGGCCUGAUCGUUAAAGUAUCUUCCCUUUUUUCCAAUGUGGUUGCUGCUUUAGGAUUGCCGAUUGUUCCAAUACUAGCAGUCAUAUUUUUUCAUGAAACAAUGGAUGGAGUAAAAGUGGUUUCCAUAUUGUUGGCCAUCUGGGGAUUUGUUUCAUAUACUUAUCCUGCCUACCUUGAUCUUUAUAAACCCAAAACCAAUAACCAAGUUACCACUAAUGUAUCUACAACUUAUGUGAAUGAAAGUUAGUUAGUUAGUAAGCUGCUUCGUUGCUGUUCAGAUCAUUCUGUUUAGAAUAAUUAAGAUGUCACAAAUACAAUGGCAGCUAUUUGUGUGUCUGAUGAAUAUAAUCAUAGUUUUUCAUCUCAUCAUAAAAGCAAUGAUUUUUUCUGUA